GAGGGCGUGGCUGGUGAGAGGCCAUUUGAAUCCCUCCAUAGGUCCUGAAAAAUCUAAGCCUGUAUUUGCUACAGAACUGAAAGAUUUGAUGAUGGAAGAUAUCUCCAUAAAAGCAGAGCCUCAGGAAUCAGUGAUAUUUGAAGAUGUGGCUGUGUACUUCACGGAGCAGGAAUUGGCCAGCUUGACACUUGAUCAGAAGGCCCUGUACAAGGAAGCAGUGCUUGAGAACUUUGCACAUGUGGCUUUUCUGGGAUAUAUUGAAAAACUGAGGACGUACGCUCAGCUGGUUGGGGCAGAAACAUCCAGGGUGGAGGCUUUCUUCUAGGUCAGGUACCGGGGAGGCAGAGCCAUGUUACUGCUGUCAAGUGCAGUCUUUUCUGUAGCCAUGCAUAUUUCUUUAGAUGUAAUGCUUUUUAGUUCAUUAAAGUUGUCCAUUAUCAUGUGC